GCGCCAGCUCUGCGUCACAGAAACGCACUCAUUCAAACGCACGGGAUCACAACACCGAGACACCCGGAAGGUUCAAACGCGCGACCAGCAGUCCAGAAUGAAUCGCUUUAAAACGUCCAAAUACAAGAACACCACUCCCAAAAUCCCCAAGAAAGAUGGCUGGAUUGCAAAUGUACGAGGAGGUUCCUUCUCUUCUCAGGGCAACCACAUCAAAUCCAGCUGCAGUCUGGUGGCCUUCAACACGGAUCAGGCUGGAGGUGGGAUGAUCGGCCUGUCUUCUGUGAAUGCCGGAUCUGACGGGAAGUGGACCGUGACCCAGAUUUCAUGCCAUGCUGACCUCGUGACCGACUUGGACUUUUCUCCAUUUGAUGAUUACCUGCUGGCAACCUGCUCAGCUGAUGAGACUGUGAAACUGUGGCGUGUGUGUGAUCCGGAUCAGGAUCAGCCCAGUAAUGCCGAGGUCACUCUGACCCCCAAAGACGGACGACUGGAGGUCGUUCUCUUCCACCCAGCGGCCUCAGGUCUGCUUGCUGUGGCGUCUGCGAGGGGCGUUCAGGUGUGGGACGUCACACGAGACUCCGCCUUAACAGUUCUGGAGCAGCAUGCGGAUCAGCUGCAGGCUCUGGCCUGGAAGGAGGACGGAUCACUGCUGGCUUCAUCCUGCAAGGACAAAAAGCUGCGACUCUUUGACCCGCGGGCCCAGCCAUCAGCCGUUCAGUGUGUCCAGGGUCAUCAGGCUAAUAGAGACUCUCGUGUACUUUGGGUCAAAAAUGACAACUUGCUCACUACUGGCUUCAACCAGGUGAGGCAACAGGAAGUGAGACUCUGGGACAGCAGGAAGUUGUCCUCCUCCCUCAGCUCGCUGUCUUUGGCCACCUCCAAUGCGACUCUGGUGCCGCUGUUUGAUCCGGAUUCUGGACUACUUAUUGUGUCUGGAAAUGGUGAGAGUGUGAUUGACUGUUUUGAGGUGAACACCAGUGAGCCCUACCUGUCUCAAGUGAGUCACUGUUUGACGGACGUGUCGACCCGUGGCGUGGCUCUAGUGCCAAAGCUGGCUCUGGACGUCGGCUGCUGUGAGGUUUUACGGCUGAUGCAGCUCACGGAUAGCUUCAUAGUGCCCAUCAGCUACCAGGUGCCUCGCAAGGCAGGACAGGACUUCCAUGCGGACUUGUAUCCGGACACUGUGGGUCACACCGCGCCCAUGACGGCAGAGGAUUGGUGGAAAGGAGAGAACAAACAGGUGGAGCGAGUCAGUCUUCACCCGAGCAAGAGGCCAAAGCCCAGCGCUCCAUCAGCUCAGAAGACUUCAGCUAAGGAUCUGCCCCGCGUCAAGAGCAAAGAGGAGACCUCAACCUCCAGCAGUCCCCUUAGCACCCCCAGCAGCAGUGCCGCCCCGUCCCGCUCCCCGUCCUCCACCAGCGGCCUGUCGUCUGGCUUCCUGCCGAGCCCGAGCCCCAGUCAGAGCUCCCGCGCCUUCCAGAACAUGCUUGGCCCGAGUUCGAAGUUCCGUCACAUCCAGGGGGCCGUUUUGCACCGGGACACCCACAUCACCAACCUGCGUGGGCUUCAUCUGACUACACCAGGGGAAUGUGAUGGCUUCUGUGCCAACGGGCAGCGUGUGGCGGUUCCUCUCGCCAUUGCCGGAGGGCAGAUCGCUGUAUUUGAGCUGUCCCAGCCUGGAAAACUGCCGGAUACCGCCCUACCCACCAUCCAGAACUCUGUCAAUGUGGCUGACUUCUGCUGGGACCCCUUUGACACACACAAGCUGGUUGUGGCCGGUGAUGAUGCCAAGAUCCGCGUGUGGAAGAUUCCCAAAGAAGGCCUGACAGAAACCCUGACUGAGCCGGAGUGUGUUCUGCGCGGACACACUGAGAAGAUCUACUCCAUCAAGUUCCACCCCCACGCAUCCGGCCUGCUGGCUUCCUCCUCAUACGACCUCACGGUGCGCCUGUGGAACCUGGAGACAGGAGAAGAAGUCAAGCGACUCACUGGACAUCAGGACCAGAUAUUUGGCAUAGCUUGGAGUCCAGACGGGAAACUGCUGGCCACUGUGUGUAAGGACGGAAAAGUGCGUUUGUACGACCCACGCAAGUCCACAGCGCCCAUCCAGGAGGGCCCGGGACCUGAGGGCCAGAGAGGGGCCCGUGUAGUGUGGGUCUGUGACGGCAAGUACCUGAUGGUUUCAGGAUUCGACUGUCGCAGUGAAAGGCAGCUGUACCUGUUCUCCGCUGAGUCCUUGGCAUCCGGCUCUGUGGCUUCUGCACCUGCUGAUGUGUCUCCCUCGACCCUUAUCCCGUUCUACGAUCCCGACACCAGCGUCCUCAUCCUCACUGGGAAGGGUGACACACGUGUUUAUAUAUACGAGAUCGUGCCUGAAGCGCCGUACUUCAUGGAAUGUAGUAGUUUUCAUUCCUCUGAACCACACAAGGGGUUGUGUUUCCUGCCAAAAAUUGAAUGUGAUGUGCGUGAUGUGGAAGUGGCUCGGGCCAUCCGACUCGGCAAGUCCACCAUUGAACCCGUGGCCUUCAGAGUGCCUCGUGUCAGAAAAGAGUUUUUCCAGGAUGAUGUAUUCCCUGAGACUGCGAUGUGGUGGGAAGCAUCUCUGACCGCUGCUGCCUGGCUCUCUGGAUCCAACGGGCAGCACCGCAAAAUCAGCCUGCAGCCUAAAGACAUGACGCCUGUAAGUGAAGCACCAAAAGAGGCUCCUGUGAGGAAGUACCUGCCCUCCUCUGUCUAUCUGGAGGAGAAAACUGAUGAACAGAAGAAAGAGGAGUUGCUCAGUGCCAUGGUGGCUAAGCUGGGAAACAGGGAAGACCCUCUGCCACAGGAGUCAUAUGAGGGGGUGGAUGAAGAAGAGUGGGACGACUAACACACAAGCCUUGCCUCGCGGUCCAGUCAGGGUGCCAAAGCAGACAUGGGACGUGCCUGCUGUAUUUUAAUCUUGCCAUUCCAGGGUGCCAAUGUAUCUUUGAACCUCCUAAACGCUCCUCAUCCCGUCAGCUUCACCUCCAACGGCCUGCUGAUUCACUCUCACACACUCCUCUAUCUUCCAGCUAAUCGACCCGUCAUCUUUUUGCAUUGUUCAUAACUGGAGUAUUAAUAUCUGUUAUUAAUGGUGAAAUAUGAUUCCUCACACAUAAACACAUUCAUACGCAUAGCUCAGAUGUUCAUCUCAGACGCAUGACGCACAUUUAAAGUACGACAGGGUUUUUUCGGUGUCAUUUUUAAUGACGGGCAUGAGUUUUGUACUGCUGUUAUUGACUGUAUGAUGACUGCAUGAUAGCACAAGCCUUCCUUGAUCUGUAACACAAAACCUCUCUGGGUGUUUUCAUUGGUGAAUGUGUACUUAAUACCAACAUUUGACAUGUGGUUAAAUGUACAUUAAUAUUGUGGUAAUUUGUGGGAUUAAAUGUCACCUCCUUUAGGUGCAAGAGACCUUUGAUGCUCUUUGCGAAGCACUUUCUUUGCAGCGUUGAGAUAUUUUUUAACAUGUCUGGAACAAAACUUUACCUCUAAUUGAAUGAUCUGGAGACACUCCUUUUUAAAACUGGAAUAUAUUCCUCUCUGUAUGUUUCCUUCUGCUCAACCUCACGAACAGUAUUAACACAAAUCUACUUCAUGAGGGUUUUUUCUCCUAAUCAGGUCUAUCACAAGGCAAUACAACUAAUUUAGUUUUUUAACAGAACCUGUUUACAUAUGUCAGGAACUGUACCAUGCAUGUUAAGGCACAUGUACCAUGUGAUGUCCAGUGCUUGACAUGUGACCAUGUACUCACACAUAAACGGUAGAUGUUAAUAGAUAUAUGUUAAUGGUCUGCUGAGUGUUUUUUAAAUGUGAGCUAAUUUUGUUACCAAUAUGAUGUUUUUGGGAUGCUUUUUCAUGGCACUUGUAACUGCGUUCAUUUUAAUCCUUUAUAGGCAAUAAUGUUUUACACUUCUCUUAUGGAAUGGAAUCAGUCUUGUUGGAAUGUUGCCUCAGAAUAAAACAUUGAGAGCUAAUAUA